GGCGUAGUCCCCUCACCCUGUAGUCGGUCUUGUAAUGUGAGGAGGCUGCUAGAGAUGAAGUGACAGCGGCCGGGCUGGGGGCUAAUACUUGUAUAGAAACACUUUCUCUGCACAGAUCACUAAUCACUAUCAUUGGAAUUCACACUUGGGAAUCUCACAUACCCCUCGUUGGAAGUCACCACUUUUACACCAAUCUCUGCAAGUCACAGACUUUUCACUAUUAUUCACCAGGGCUCACUGUUGGCCGAAAUGGCUUUAUUUCAUUUUUGGAUCUCCCUACUUGUUUGCUGUAUCGGACCGUGUGGCGCCAUCCACUGGCUGGGUCUGACAAUAAAUGGCAGCUCGGUAGCAUGGAAUGAGAGUGAGCACUGCAGCCUACUUCAAGGGCUGGUUCCUGACCAAACACAACUCUGUAAGAGGAACUUGGAGCUUAUGCAGAGUGUUGUUACUGCAGCUAAGCAGACCAAGCUGACCUGUCAGAUGACCUUCUCCGACAUGCGAUGGAACUGUUCAUCAAUUGACCUUGCGCCACACUUUACCCCAGACUUGCUAAAAGGAUCCAGAGAAUCUGCCUUUGUAUAUUCUUUGGCCUCUGCAACUAUAAGUCAUGCCAUUGCUCGAGCCUGCGCCUCAGGGGAGCUGCCCACAUGCUCCUGUGGAGCUACGCCUGCUGAGGUACCUGGACCAAGCUUCCGCUGGGGCGGAUGUGGUGACAACUUGCGUUAUGGCCUACAGAUGGGUUCUGCCUUUGUUGAUGCCCCAAUGAAGUCUAGCAAGUCAGGGACCCAAGCUACCAAACUAAUGAAUUUACACAACAAUGCAGUUGGUAGACAGGUACUAAUGGAUUCCCUGGAGACCAAGUGUAAGUGCCAUGGAGUAUCUGGGUCGUGUUCUGUGAAGACCUGCUGGAAGGGGCUGCAGGAUUUGCCACAAAUAGCUGACGAGCUGAAAUCAAAGUACUUGGCAGCAACUAAAGUCACCCAUAGGCAGAUGGGAAGUCGCAAGCAUUUAGUUCAUAAGGAGCUGGACAUCCGGCCAGUUAGAGAGUCGGAGCUGGUGUAUCUGAACAGCUCCCCAGACUACUGCGCCCGAAAUCCCACCCUAGGAUCGUAUGGAACACAAGAUAGACUAUGCAACAAAACCUCAGUGGGCAGUGACAGCUGUAACCUGAUGUGUUGUGGUCGUGGGUACAAUGUCUACACAGAAACCAUUGUGGAGCGAUGCCAGUGCAAAUAUUACUGGUGCUGUUAUGUCAUGUGCAAGAAAUGUGAGCGGACAGUGGAACGAUAUGUCUGCAAGUAGAUCUAUUGUGAUCACCUUGUUAUUGCACAGACAACCUGCCUCCUUUAAAACAUUGCCAAGUACCUGUUCUGAGAAGCUGAGAAAAAAGCAGGUACUAAGACUACAAGACUUUUAUGGACGACAGAUGCAGGCAAAUGUUCUGCAGCUGGUUAGGUCUCUCCUUCCUUCAUGCAAGGACUUCAUCCCGUGCGAUCAUCUUGGAUUGAUUAACUGUACACUGCAAAAAUGGGCAGCUAGGUGGCAGUCUGCACAUGCUUUCCUGAUAUGGAGCAACCCAGUAAUGCAAUUUCUAUAAUUUUAUUUUUUAAAUAAGGGUUUUGAAAGUGUUCUGCUGCCACCUGUGUAAUACAUAAUAUAUAUGCACUGUGCAAGUUCAGAAAAAAUGUGUCUAAAUUUUUAGACUGGUUUAUGGUAUGUAAAUAUAUAUAUUUUAUAAAUUGUAGAUAUAUAUUUUUUAAUAAACUUUUUUUUUUGCUGCUGCAGA